UUCACAAUUUCACUUCUUGGCGUUCACAUCGAGUCCAAACAGUCUAACGGAUCCUCUUCAACAAUAUCGCAUUUCAUUUGUGUUUGCAGUACCAUAAAUAAAACAGUUCCGUGAGACGCACACACACAUAUAUAUCCAAAUAUAUAUAUCUAUAUAAAAGUGAAAUCGUAAUCGCGACCCAAGUUUGUCUGAAAUCAAUUUUACCGCCGCUAUUUGCUUAGCCAGCCCAUUAUCCUUGAAUUCUUCCGCCUACAGUAAAGAAACUCUAUCAAAAAUGGUGAAAUUCGGGCAAAUUCUGCUGUGCUACGGCCUGUUGCUGAGCGUGUUCUUUGCCGUGAACGAGGCGCGACCCUCCGCAGCGGAGGCGACUGCUGAAACUGAUGGACUGGACCAGCAGGAUGCUGAGGAUGUGCGUGCUGCCUACGGCGGCUAUGAGAUGCCCGCCCAGGCGAUCUACCCAAACUUGCCCAUGGACCGCCUGCAAAUGCUCUUCGCGCAGUACAGACCCACCUACAGCGCCUAUCUACGCACCCCCUCCUACGGCAACAUGAACGAGCUGUUCCGCAUGCCCGAGAGCAAACGCCAAGUGAGGUACAGGCAGUGCUACUUCAAUCCCAUCUCCUGCUUUAGAAAGUAAAUGCCACCAACUGACGCCGAUGACGAAACAACACUACAAAUUCAAUAGAUAAAUCAAAAGGAGAAGAAGAAGAAGAAGGAGAAGAGGAGGACAAAUAUAAAUACAGCCCAUUGAAAAAUUAACAUUUCAAUCUAUGGAAAGCCCAUUUAGCAUAAUUCCAAUGCCAAUAUUUAGUGCAAUUAACUAAAGUUAAGACUCAACGCUCUAUAAAUGUCUAUUAAACAGUUAAAUAACAAUUUAUAAAUAAUAAACUUUGCACAUAAAUGAAAUUUAUGUUUUCGCACUUGGCUUUCGUUAUUAUUAGAAACUUUUCAAUUAACAAUCUCUAUUAUGCUUGCAUAUGGUGUGGUAAAAUAAUAUUUAAAUAAAUAUGUUUAGCAAAAGUAUUUAAUGCAAUUAUUUGAAUAUCUACAUAUAUGCACUAAUACAUUGAAACGAAAUAAUAUUUCCCAUUGUAAAUUAAACGUUUCAAAACUAUUGUAUAAUACAUAUAUACACAUCAAUAAAUACAUAUAUUUAAAUAUAUAUCUAUUUGAAAUUACACAUGAAUAGAGUCCAGCACCUAUUUAACUAUCUAUGUAAUAUAUGAAAGCUCUGAAUAAAGUACUUAAAAUAUAUAUUUAACAAAAAUGCA